GAAAACUACGAGAAGGAGGCCGAGCCAAUUGAGAUUGAGGCCUCACUUACACACUCGGUUCUCAUUAGCCGUUGUAACAACACCACCAUCAUUGUCAGGGGUAAGGCCAACCAGGUCACAGUCGAGAAUUCCACUCGUCUGUCCUUGAUCGUUGAUACCCUUGUUUCGACAGUCGAUGUUGUCAAAGCCAACAACUUUGCUCUUCAGGUCAUGGGCACUAUCCCAACUGUCAUGUUGGAUCAGGUUGACAGUGCCCAGAUCUACUUCAGCAAGGAGAGUAUAGGAACCAAGGUUUUCACCAGCAAAUCAGCAGGUGUCAACCUCAACGUUAUUUCUGGCCAAGACGAUGACUACAAGGAGGUGCCCCUGCCUUCGCAAAUCUGCUCCUAUUACGACGAGUCUAAGGGGGACUUGGUCAACGAAAUUGUGGCCCAUGCUGGCUAA